AUGGAAUGGAAGAGUUCCCUUGGCUGCCUGCUGGUCUGGCUCUCUUUCGCCUCCAGUGCUGACAUUCCCACCGUCAGCAGCAUAUCUGAGCUGAAGGCCCUGGACUAUGGCAAAUGCUUCCCCCAGCACGGCCUGAUGUUGCUCCACUGGCUCUCCUCCAUUGUCACUAUUGACCACAACGACGUGGUCCAGUUCAAACCCAAGGUCUUUGACCCCGUCUCCAGCUACCCCUUCACCCCAUACGCAAACGACAACCAUUUUCUGCCUGACCUGACCCCUACCACGGCAUAUUACACGGUGGGCAACCUACUUAAGGGAUCCGCCGGACGCUUUCCACCGUACGUCACCCAGGACUUCUACAAUGCCUACAACUACCCCACGAGGAACCGAGACAGGAUCGUGAUUAGGGUCGAUUCCUGGUACAAUCCCGGUAGGAUCGAUCGGGUCUAUGUAGCACUGGAGAGCAGCGACCAACGUUACCUGACUUACAGCCCUUACUCUCCGGCGCUCAUCUCUGCCCGUCUCCUCCGCCAGAUUGCGUCACUUCGGAACCCAUUUGGCAUGAGGAAUUCAUCUGUGGCAGAGCUCUAUCCCACCUUCAACCAGAGUAUAGCCAUUGCUGACAGCAUGUUCUCUGAACCAGGCUUGGCAAGUUUUCUCACCAUGGCUGGGUAUGACGUGAACGGCAGACACGGCGUCUCGGUUCAAAUGUGGUCCUGUUCAAACUCGCCGGCGCUGUGCAAAACGCGCUCGGUUUCCAUGGCGCUGAAAACGGCGAAAGAUGGGAAUGCGCGGGUCAGCUGGAGUGGUCUACCCAACAGCAUACAAAAAAUGCACACCAACGUGGCCCUCUACAAAAACGUUGAGAGCAACAACCCCAUUUUUGAGGUCAAGGUGAACGGCAGACUCACAGGCACGGCGGACACCACCAUCAAACUCGACCCCGGCCUCCAGCUGCGACUCCUGCGGGAAGAGGUCGGCAACACGGUGAUCUGGAAAGGCCCCGAGCUGGACGACGCCAAAGGCAAGAUUCCUGUCCGAAUAGGCGCCAUGGAUGUCAGCCUCCAGCUCUUCACUAGUGCUGGUUAUGCCAGUGCAAGGCUCUACAUCCGCAAAUCAGUUGAAAACUGGAAGGACAGCCUGUACAACUCUUGGGUGGCCUUCUAUGCCAGACCGUCGGACAGCAACAAUGACUACCUGGGCGGCCAGUGGCAGUGGGCUAUCUACUUUGAGAAGAAGCCGUCUGAUGAGUUUGAAAACUGUGACAUUUACGAGUAUGUGUCUGGGACAGCCAUCUCCCCUGACGUGCAGAUUCGCUUUUUUGAAAAUAAUGAUGGCGACGAUGGAUUCCGCACGGAAUCAUGGGGGUCUUAGUAGGCGACUUGUGAGUCUCAACAUCUACAGAACUAACAUGACAAGUACUCUAUGUACAUUACUGCAAAAAUUCAUAAUCACAAUUACAUGUAAAUUCUGUAAUCUGUCAUAACUAUUUUCAUCAUAUUGUGUACCUACUCUACUGGUGUUUCUUUUUAACCAUGCACGAUAGUUUGCUGUUUAAGUGAAAAGUAAAUGAAUUCUUAUAGACAUUUAAUCAUUGCUGUAAUGGUAAUUGUGCUUAAUUUGUCAUAAAAAAAUAUUCCCUAGUGAAAUAAAUUAUGCCUGCAACAAUGAUUUCUCAUAUCUACCUAACAACUUUCCAUUAAAAUGCAAAACCAACACAUUUAGCUUUUUAAUAUUCAUAGCACUAAUGCCAUUUCAUGUUUAUCAUCCUCUCAGGAAUUAAAGUUCUUUAAAUGAAGGGGAAAAUAUAUAAUUUGUGUAUUUCAAUAACAUCUUUUAUGGUCCAUUUGUAGUUUCCACUGUGCCUCAUCAACUCCUGAUUACUUUGAAGAAGUGUGCCUAAAAUUGUUUUACCUAAUGUUUAACUUUCAAGCUAUUGUUGUUAUAAACCUAAUUUCCUGGACAAACAGGACUAGCUCUAGGCUAGAAUUAACAUUCAGUAAGAGAUCUCAUUGUUCUAGAUUUCUACAUUUUAGGAGUCCUUGCCGUUUCCCGUACAGACUGAGACAAUUGAGACAGAUAUUCCACAGAUGUUGAUUGAUGCAGUACUCGUGUGGCUAGUAAUCUGUUUUUGAUUUGAUUCAGAAUGCAAUUUGAUUACUGUAUUUUCUCUUGGGCAGUAUGCUACCCAUUUUUAGAUCCAUUAAAAUGCCACAAUGGAAAUGUCCUUUGAAAUGUAGAAAUCUUUACAAUCGAAAGUACUAUUGGUUUGAAUCAGGUGUUAUUGAUCUUAACGAAACUCCACACAUCAACAAUGUCAAAUAUUGUCUAACAAUUUAUGUCUUAAAAUUAAAUCUAAAUAGUCCAGU